AGUGUGCGGGUGGGUGGCCGCCACACGCUCGCCGCGCCCGCGUGCGUGUGCUCGCCUCCCUCCCUCCAUCCCCACUCCCCCAGGCAGCCGUCCCCUGCACUGCACCUGCCCGCGCGCAUCCGGCCACCCUCCAUCCCCGGUCGUCAGCCACCCCAGCCGGCCGCCGCGGAUCGCCUGGCUGGGGAUCAAGAUCCGCCGAGGCCGAGGAACAUUAAUCUGGGAAUGGUGGCUGACACAGAAAGCUCAGAUUUGCUACCUGGAAGUUCAAAUGCUGCUGCUGAGACGCCUGUUCAUGGGUCUCUUGAUCAAAGAUCUCAGGAAAAGACUCCAAAGAAAACUCAUAAAGCUGAACGAGAGAAGCUCAAGCGUGAUCAGUUAAAUGAACUUUUUCUUGAGCUCGGCAGUAUGCUAGAUCUUGAUCGACAAAAUACAGGAAAAGCCACGGUAUUAGGUGAUGCUGCGCGAGUACUGCGAGAUCUGGUUACUCAAGUAGAAUCUCUUAGAAAGGAACAAUCUGCUCUUCUAUCGGAACAACAAUAUGUCAGUUCAGAGAAGAACGAGCUGCAAGAGGAGAAUACUACACUCAAAUCCCAAAUAUCAGAACUAGCAAACGAUCUCUGUGCAAGGAUGGGGAGUAGCAGUCUCAGUCUAAGCAGUCCUGGGAUGUCACAUCCAGUGGCGAACGCUACAAGUCCUGAUUUGGCGACUCACCCCAUGCCACAUCACAUGUGGGGCAACAUUCCUAAUUUAAGCUCUGUAGCCAUGGCGCAUCAAACGACUACAGUAUCACCAGUGCACAGUCAGCAUCACUCUGCCAAUGAUGUUGAAGUUUAUGCACCACCGCCUCAGGAGCUGCAGCUCUUUCCAGGGACAUCCUCAUCACCAGAGCAUGAAUGUUCAGGCAUCAGAAGCGCAGCAACCAACUCUUCAAGCCUGACAGAUUCUUUGCCAGGGCAGCUUUGCUUAAGCCUUACACAAUCAUCUCAAGAAGAAAGCAGCAGCGGUGUGUUGGGAAGAAGAAAAGAACGGUGAAAUGCUUAGCAGAUUGCUGAUGCUGGAAUCAGUAUUUGGUGGUAGUGAUUGCCCUGUAAAUACUGAGAAUCCCCUCCCUUCACUGAUUCAGAACUAAUGUUAUAGGUGCCCUGUACUGAACUGUGACUCUGUAGCGCUUGUUCUACAAACUCAGUCUGCCUUUAGUUCUGAUGCUGAUCAAACUGAUUCAGGAAUGUUAUAGUUACUCUGUACUGAACUGUGGCCAGCGCUUGUUCUGCAAAUUCCCAGCCAUAUUUGGCGGGCCAGCUCAUAUAUGUGCUCGGAAAUAGUUGAUUCAACAGCA